UCGCGGCCGUGCCGGUUGUGAGACUUCGGCGGCGCAUCAAGAAGGAACAAAAUGUCGUCUGGCAUCGUGCCCCCCAAGAGUGGUUCCCCACUGAGGAAGCGGGCCAGUCUUCAGGCUCCCACCACAGCAGAGAUCCACGGAGGACCACGGACCCGCCAACUGCAGCCUGCACGUUCCCUCCCAGGGCCUCCCCACUGCCUGAAGCAUUUUCCUGUUGACUUGCGUACCUCCAUGGAUGGCAAGUACAAGGAGAUUGCCGAGGAGCUGUUUUGCCGCUCGUUGGCUGACAGUGAAAUGCGCAGUGCCCCCUAUGAGUUCCCUGAAGACAGCCCCAUUGAACAGCUGGAGGAGAGACGUCAGCGGCUGGAACGGCAAAUCAGUCAGGAUGUGAAACUAGAGCCCGACAUUUUACUCAGAGCCAAACAGGACUUCCUGAAAAUUGACAGUGCUGCUGACUUACAGUUGUUUAAGGAACAGGGUGAGGACCUUGUGGACCAUCUUCCUAAAGAUCGAGAUGUGCUUCUAGAGAGAGAGUUUCAGAGGGUCACCAUCUCUGGCGAAGAGACAUGUGGGGUGCCUUUCACAGAUUUGUUGGAUGCAGCUAAGAGUGUAGUGAAGGCGCUGUUCAUUCGGGAGAAGUACAUGGGGCUUUCUUUCCAAAGCUUCUGCAAGACCACAGCCCGCUUCCUACAAAACCUUUCAGAAAAGCCUUUGGCCCUGAGGAUGUAUGAGGAGAUCCCUGAGACCCCAGUGGCUGCAGAUGCUCCAGUGCACCCACCAUUCGCAGAUCAACAUCCAUAUGAGAAGUGUGAUCCUGAAUCAAUGCCUGGAGACCUUGGCUUUGGAUUGAAGAUGGUUAAUGGCGUAGUUCAUGUGUACACCAAGCAAGACAUCACUGACAAAACUACAGAACUGGACUUACCUUAUCCUGAUUUCCCUACUUCAUUCAUCCAUAUAUGCAAGAGCUGGGCUUACAUGACCCCUACGUCUGAUGGCAUUUCUGCUAAAUCUGGUCAUGCUCAUAUUCUAGCAGGGUGGAGGAUGCUUCCGAUACCUGUCAUAAAAUCCUUCUGCUACCGACGGCUGCAGUACCUGAGUUCAAAAUUCCAGAUGCACGUUCUGCUCAAUGAGAUGAAAGAGCUGGCAGCCCAGAAGAAGGUGCCGCAUCGUGAUUUCUACAAUAUCCGGAAGGUGGACACACACAUCCACGCGUCAUCCUGCAUGAACCAGAAGCAUCUGCUGCGCUUCAUCAAGCGGGCUAUGAAGAAGCACUUGGAAGAAAUCGUUCAUGUGGAGAAGGGCAAGGAACAAACUCUUAAGGAGGUCUUUGAGACCAUGAAUCUCACAGCCUACGACCUCAGUGUGGACACGCUUGAUGUCCAUGCGGACCGUAACACCUUCCAUCGUUUUGACAAGUUCAACGCAAAAUAUAACCCCAUUGGAGAGUCUGUCCUUCGUGAGAUAUUCAUCAAGACAGACAAUCAAGUGUCGGGAAAAUACUUUGCCCACAUAAUCAAGGAGGUGAUGUUUGACCUGGAGGAGAGCAAGUAUCAGAAUGCAGAACUGCGCCUUUCCAUCUAUGGUCGUUCACGGGAUGAGUGGGACAAGUUGGCCAAGUGGGCUGUGCGCCACAAAGUGCAUUCCAACAAUGUGCGCUGGCUGGUGCAGGUGCCUCGUCUGUUUGAUGUGUACAAGACCAAGAAGCAGCUGGCGAACUUCCAAGAGAUGCUAGAGAACAUUUUCUUGCCCCUCUUUGAAGCUACUAUACAUCCUGCCAGCCAUCCAGAGUUGCAUCUCUUCUUGGAGCACGUGGAUGGCUUUGACAGUGUGGAUGAUGAAUCGAAGCCAGAGCACCACAUCUUUAACUUGGACAGCCCCUUGCCUGGGAACUGGACAGAAGAGGACAACCCGCCCUAUUCCUAUUACCUUUAUUACACGUAUGCCAAUAUGGUGGUACUCAACCAUUUGCGCAGGAAGAGAGGCUUCCAUACUUUCGUGCUGCGCCCCCACUGUGGGGAGGCAGGACCCAUCCAUCAUCUGGUAUCGGGUUUCAUGCUGUCAGAGAACAUAUCGCAUGGCCUCCUGCUCCGCAAGGCACCUGUGCUGCAGUACCUCUACUACCUGGCUCAGAUUGGCAUUGCCAUGUCUCCUCUUAGUAAUAACAGCCUGUUCUUGAGCUACCACCGUAAUCCGCUGCCAGAGUACCUCUCGCGGGGCCUUGUGGUCUCCCUGUCCACAGAUGACCCCCUGCAGUUCCACUUCACCAAGGAGCCCCUGAUGGAAGAGUACAGCAUUGCCACCCAGGUGUGGAAGCUCAGCUCCUGUGACAUGUGUGAACUUGCGAGAAACAGCGUGCUCAUGAGUGGCUUCUCCCACAGGGUAAAGAAGUACUGGUUGGGACCCAACUACUGGAAGGAGGGGCCUGAAGGCAACGAUAUCCGGCGCACCAAUGUGCCAGACAUCCGGGUGGCCUACCGCUUUGAGACCCUGUGCCAGGAGCUGACCCUCAUUACACAGGCUGUGCAGACAGAAGAACUGGAGACUAUCCAGGAGGAAGACUCUCUGACCAUGAGCUCCAGCCUGAAUACUCGCUAAAGGAUGCUGGUUUACAGUCUCCCACUCACCCCCUCUCUGGCCUUCCAAGAUGGGGCUGUCCCAGAGCAUGAAGGGACCCUGGCUACCUCCCUGCCCCAUAGAGCUUUUUAAUUUCCUGAUUGUGUCCCCUCCUCCAAGCAUAGUGUUACCUUCUGUAUCUCUUGGAAAGGGAUUUCUGUUUUAUUUGCACUUGGUAACCUGCUGGAGCAUUUUGGAUCAUGACUAGAAUGAUGCUUAGGAAGGGGGAUAGGGAGCAUCCUGCACACUGGAUUGGAGCUCUAGCGGUGCUGUUGGUCAACACAGGCUGGCUGCAGAGGCUGGAGAGCUAGGAACAAGUAUGUAGCUGAGGGUGGCUGAUCAAACUUUGACGGCCCUAGCUGGUUGCACCAAGGCAGAAUGAAGCAAUAGCGUUUAUUCUAUUUAGAAUGGACUGCUGUCAUUUGUUCUUAGUCUGUAUGCCCUGCCUGGGGGAAAGAUAUGGUGGUGGAGCUGAUGGGCACAGCAUGUGCAAACAAUGGUUUUGGUGUCCCCUGCUACCUCAAACUGGUUUCCAUGUAAUAUUCUUUUUUUUUGGCUGUUGCUAGCUGUGACUUCACAGGGGCCCUUGAAGGAUCCUGUUAAGCAGAAACAGCCCUACCAGCAUAGGCAGCAUGCCACCACGGUUGCUGAGAAGCAGUAGCCUCUGCAUUUCAGUAUUAAGGGUCCAGUCUGAAGCAGAGCUGAAAAGCAAAACCUUUUGUCUUUCCUUGUAAAGCCAGAAUAUUUUGACACCAGUCUCUUCUUGGCUCAGGGAAAGUAUACAGCCUUGAACCUCUGUCUUAGGAAGCAGACUCUGGUGUGUUGGAGUAGACCUGCCUGAUAGCAGAGAGGAGCUAGUGUGCCACACACAGGCACUUUUAAACUUUUUGUGUCUCUUUUGUGCAUCUCUCUGUCCCUUUCUACUACUAUGUAUCAGGAGAAGGGGUUGCAUGUUUUUAAAGUUGUAACAAGGGGCAGCUGAUGAUGGUUUUGGCACUGGACAAAUAAGGCUGUUCCAGAGGGGAUAGCGUCAGAGCUGAGAACCUUGCCCAACAUGGGAAUUCAAGAGGAAAUGGCCCUUGCCUUAUUCUUAGUGCCUGAGAUGUGCACCCUGUGUGGGGUGCUCACACAGCAUCCCAGUCCCCUUUCUCAAAAGUUGGUUGCUUCUCAGCUGCCUUGGGCUGGUAACAAGGGAGAAUGUUUAGCUCCCAGUACACUGUCAGGAGGGGACAUACUUACCACAUGCUUGGAUGUACCAUAUGAACCUACAUCCUUCUCCCCUCUAAUUGGUUAGGGAGAAUCUGUCUCUUUCUGGCUCUGCCCCUGUCUACUUCGCGUAGGGUUCUUUACCUGGCAAGAAGAAAAGCCAUAAAGUGCUUCAGUUUUCUUACCAGUAAAAUAGCUGCUGUUCUGGGAACGAGCACAAAGCCUGUGGUGGAGGGU